CUCUAAGUAGUGUGCUAAGAGUUGAUGAUUCAAGAAAUGACACAAUUCAGGCUCUCAAGGUACUCAUACUCUCAAUUGUGGGAAUCAAUAUAUAAUGAAAGGUUCAGUUCUUGGUAGAUGGGAAGGCCAAGUAGUACAGAUCUGGCAGCAAAAGUAUCAGGGCAAUAACGAGGCUCCCAAAAUCCUAGAAAGCAAUAGCAGAGAGAUGGGUCAAAAUCUAGAGCAGGCAUCUAAGAUACCUCUUGGGAAAGAGGCAAUGGAAGUUUGGUUGGGGGAGGAAAUAGUGUACAGUAAGGCUGCUCUCUGUAGUCAAGUGCUUGUUGACAAUUAGGGUGAUGAAUAGGAAGGUCCUUGGCAUCAGAGCCAUCAUCAUAGCACUAGUCUGCUGGUUGGAAGGGAAGAAGAUAGUCUAAGUAAUGGCAGGAUGCCAAAACUGGACUCCAGCUUCGGUCUUAUUUGCCCCAAGGUCCUCCCAGGAUAUCGGCUUACUGAUUCCUGCUUCUUAUGGACAUCUCACUUUCCCAGAGAGAGAAGUCUAGAGGAAGAAUUCAAAGUUGGUCUAUGGUUUAAAGUAUGCUGUUUCUACUCCUUUGGAAAAUAGGAAAAUAUAUUCCCUUUAGUUCUAGGGCACCUUCCAUAAUUUUUCUAAUUUCAUCUAAAGCAGUUUCAACAUUCAUAUCAGCAGGGUCUUUAAUAGUCUUGGGAUGUAUCUCACCCGUAACUGGUAACAUGAAUUCAUCAAAGGCAGUUAGAAGCUUUAGUACUUCUUCCCUACUUACCAAGGCUAUGAAAUAAUGAUAAACUACAUUUGUUCUAUCCUUUUCAGUUCAGCUCAUUCAUUUAAAAGAGAAAAAACAAAAACAAAAUAGGAGUUGAAGGGCUUAACUUUUUCCUUCAGGUCAAUUAUCAUUAUCAUGGAGGUAAUAUUCACAAUGAGUAUGCUCUGCCUCCUCCUCUCUACCUUUCCUGACUUCUAUAAAGAUCAGAUCCCUCUUAAUUUCAGUGCCUUUCCUUUGCUGAUUCUUUUCUAGUCAUCCUGUGUAUAGCUUUUUGAUACCUAAUUUGUGGCAUGUUGUCUCCCCCACUAGACUGUAAGCUCCUUGGAAACAGACCUGUAUUUUGUUAUUAAUGAUUUUAAAAGGCCUUAGCACAAUGUCUAGCACACUGUUAUUGUUCAGUUAGGCCUAACUCUUCCUGAUGCCAUUCCCUUCUCUAAUGGAUUAAGGCCAACAAGGAAACUCAGGCUGAAUAGUCUCUGUGCCUUAAGCACAUAGUAGCUAUGUUUAAAAUGUUUCUUAAUUGACUGAUUGAUUGGUAUUUGUACAAACAACAUCAAAAGAGCCACUGCCAUAAAGUUGCAGACUGAAAGGUAGGAGGAUGCUAGGUUUGGCUUGGAAAGCCAAACAGAAGUUUGUAUUUGCUCCUGGAGGCAAUAGGAAGCCACUGGAGUUAAAUAAGGAGUGCCAUGAUGGAACCUGGGCUCAGGAAAAUCAUUUGGGGGGCUGAAUGGAAAAUGGGGAAGACCUGGGGCAGGAAGACCCACCAGCAGGCUAUCGCAAUAUGCAGAUAUGAAGUGGUGGGGGCAGUGUCAGAGAAGAGGAGGGGCACACUGGAGAGAUGUUGAAAAGGUGAAACUGACAGGCCUUGGUGACCUAUGGCUAUGGAGAGGAGAGAAUGAGGAAUCCAGGAUAACUCCUAUCCUGUAGCUGUAAACUCGAAUGCCUGGGAAGAUAGGAUUGCACUUUACAGUACGGGGGAGUGGAGAGAGGAGGGAGAGAGGGACACAUAAAAACACAGGACAUUAAGUUAGUAUAGACUGAGCUCAAUCUCAAGCAUUAUUAGCUGUGUGACUUUGGAAACGUAAGUCUCGAAGACUGUUUUCUUCUCUUUAAGGUACUGAAGAAUAUUCCUAAGGUUCACCCUAAGGACGAUGAGGAAAAGUACAAGAUUCAAAUGAAAGGCCCCAUGGUGUCUACCGCCUCCACGCACGGCCUGGAGAAAACACUCCUUCCCAGAUCACAAGCUUGACCCGUCUUUCUAGAGACCGACUACGGGAGCCUGCGAGAUCCAGAAUCUACUCGCGCGAAAGACCAGACGCCCACACAGGAUACAAGAUACGCGAUUGGAGAGCUCUGAGGAACGUCACUUCCGGAAGUACUAAUGGAGUCGCAAACAUGGAUCCGUCAGUGAGCAAGGAUCCAGGUCGAUUGCGGCGGCGGCGGCCAGGGGUUGGUGUCGGGGUGGUGAUUACGAGCUCCAAGCACCCUCAGUGCGUUCUUCUGGGGAAAAGGAAAGGGUCCUUUGGAGCCGGCACUUUUCAGCUUCCCGGGGGUCACUUGGAGUUCGGGGAAACCUUGGAAGAAGCUGCUCUUCACCUGACAAAUGUUCGCUUUGCUUCUGUUGUCAAUUCUGUCAGUGAGAAAGAUGAUUACCAUUAUGUCACUAUAUUGAUGAAAGGAGAGGUAGAUAUAACUUAUGAUUCAGAACCAAAGAAUGUAGAACCUGAAAAAAAUGAAGGUUGGGAAUGGGUUCCAUGGGAUGAUUUCCCUCCACUAGACCAGCUUUUCUGGGCUUUGCGCUGUUUAAAGGAACAAGGCUACAAUCCUUUUAAGGAAGAAUUGAAUCAUCUAGUAGGCUACAGAGGAAAGCAUCAAUAGAAUGCUUGCACAUCAAUUAAGUUGUCAUAGAUUGUACAAAAAACUUCCCAUGUUCUAGAAAACAGUAGAGCUUCCAUAAUAAAAGUUAAUUUAUUUAUUCUCGUAGCAAAGUAAACAAGGGAGGCUAUAUGAAAGUAAACUUGGCCUCAGAGCAGGGAAGACUUGGGCUCAAUCAUUUUCAAGGUAGUAGCUAUUUGCUACCUUGUGAGUAUAAACCUUACUUUAGGAAUAGAGAAUGAAACUCCUAUGAGGGAGCCAUUCCACACCCUUUUCCCACAGCAAUGCAGGUCAGGAUCUUCUCUGUUACUGUAGUUUUAGAGAGUUGCCUAAAGCUAUGAGAAAUCAGGAACUAUUUGUUAGAAAUUGCACUUAAAUACAGGUCUCAAUCUGUAAAAUGAGAGGAUUCAAUUAAAUAAAUGUAUCAUCCAUUCCU